GAAAACAAAUUGAGGGAAACAGAUUUUUUUGUUUGUAUUUUUUAAGCUAUUAACAUGUCAAACGGUGUAAUUAUACUGCUCUUACUCGGCACAACAACGGUGUUGUGGCAACAGGCUGAGGCGAAACCAUUUCUAUUAUUGGCGCCAAAUUUCUUUGUCCUGACAACUAGAGCGCCCUCUACAGGCAGUAUAUCAUCUUCCACUUCCUACUCCUCUUCCUUCUCCUCGCCAGCAUCCAAUGGUCUUCUUCAACUGCCCACUGGAAUUAUAAGUCGGAAACUAAAUCUUGUAACUAGUCUACUCUCCGGUUUUGGCGGCAAUGCUGGUCGAAGUGGCGGCAUUGGUGGCGGUUUUGGACUUGGUUUCAAAUUCAAAUCGGGAAUUACUACGCGUAGACCAGUAACAACAACUCAAAGUACCACAGAGCCAAAUACCGUUUUUACACCGGAAGUAACUACAAAUACACCAACAACUACUAGUCCCUACACUAUAACUGAGAGAGCGACAACAACAACUGAGGCGAUUGGAAGCACUACAACGGGCAUUGUUGUUACUAUUAAACCAACAGUGGUUCCUCAACGACCAGCAGUUAUUACAACAACCGAGAGAGCGAGUGGUUAUGGUUAUGAAAUUCCACGUCGGGAUAGUGAAAAUGAGAUUUCUCGUGGUAAUGUAAAUAAUAUGUAUUUACCCCCUCUAUAAGGAAGAAAUAUUGUAUCAUAUGUACAUACAUACAUAUAUAGGGAGGAGACAACGAAUUAACAUAGAGUGUACAGAUUUAAUUAUUUUAAUUUA